AGAGGAUGGCACGCCUCGCUCCCCCUCAUUUCCUAAUAAACAAGCUGUGCCACUGCGUCUCACCACAUUUGAGCAGGACUCUAACCAGGUAAGAACACCACUCAUACACUAACUACGCUCUCUGGAGUGAACAAAUAAGAUCUUGACACUUUUUCCUCACAGAAAGCCACAGAGAUCUUCCAGCAGAAUGCCGAGCCAGCUCGAGGGUGCGAUGGAUGCACUGAUAGCAGUUUUCUACAACUACUCCGGAAACGACGGAGACAAAUACAAACUCAACAAGGGGGAGCUGAAGGAACUGUUGAACAGCGAGCUCACUGACUUCCUCACGGUAAGUUCAUGCCUUGCUUAUGUUACCUCCUUUAUUUUAGCGUUAUUAACCAUUUCAAAGUUGAAUUUUGGGACCAAGACGCUCUUGUUGAGUGUUUUGAAUCGAACCUUUACCACCUCUUAUUUGAGACUAAAUUGAGUUGGGAGAAUUUUCCAAAAUGAGGCCAACUUUACUUAAGACAAAUUGGGGCUCAUAGAGCAGUAUUCUCUAGAAUAAAACAGCCUCAAAAUUUGGGUAGAAACUGUUUGAUUUUGGCCUGAACUCAUCCAGUGUAAAUAGCAUUUCUGCACGAAGUGUUUUCAGUGUUUAGUUUUCAUUCCCUUACAGUUAAAACGCCAAAAUCAAGUAUGUAAAGUAAGAAUAAAAGGCAAAUUUAUUUCAGCAACAAGGCAAGUCAGAGUCCUUCAUUCAUGACAUCAAACGAAGACAAAGAGCAGAAGAAACACAUUAAAAAAAAAACAUAUAAAAGUCAUUAAAACAAGUCUUUAAGAAUUACAGUAAAUGUAUUAUGAUAGAUUUAGUAAUAACUAGAAACUAAAAAGUGCUUUGAUAUACAGACAGAAGAACAAGAACCCACUAACAAAAAGCCCCUAAAAUUGAACCCAAACGUCGACAGUGACGACAUUAGAAUUAUACCAAAUAAUCAUAAGAACACAACACUUAUUUUGGCAUAAUAGAAUUAAAUUUUCUGACAAUUUCAAAAGUAAAUUAAUCAAAGUCAGCUGUGGACAGAUGUGCUUUAGACCUGGAUUUUCAAAUAGGUGGGGAUUUGAGCAGACCUGACAUUUUCUGGGAGUUUGUUCAGAGAUAUAGAGCAUAAAAAUUGAACUCUGCUUCUCCAUGUUUGGUUCUUACUCUGGGGACAGAAAGCAGGAUACUCCCAGAUACUUUUAGCAGUCUUGUGUGGAUGGUUGGCUCUGUAUGGAAAGAUCUCUAAACCAUUCAGUGCUUUAAAGACCAGCAGCAGUAUUUCAAAAUCUGUUGUCAGACCUUCAAACUGGACUGAUGUGAUCCACUAUCUUGCAGCAGCGUUCUGAGUCAGCUUCAGUUGUUGCUUACCUAAAUGUUAAAGUUUGAAGAGCAUCUUUGUGGAAGAAUCGAUGGUGAAAGUUUAUGAGAAGUGGCUCUGUGUCACCGUGAACCAAGGUUUCUGUAUCUGGAUUCAGUUAAAGUAACUAAACCAGCAACCUUUCAGAAAGUAAGCUCCUUAAAACAUUUUAUUUUAUGAAGCAGCUUCGAAAAUCCUAGGAACACAAUGUGCAAACUAAACAGUAAUAUAACAACACAGGAAACCACCCCUGGAAAAACCAACUUAAAGUGACAUAUUCACAUAAAUCACCAUUUAUAGACUAUUUACAAACCCAUUUCUCCAUCAAUUAUUUAUCUUUUAUGGAAGUAAAUCUGUUAAUUUGACUUAUUAUGGAUCAUUAAUCCUUUUUCUAAAGCCAGGUGAGCCUAAAAGGUGAUUUAGACAAUCAUGUUUCCAAAUGAUUUGAUAAAGAGCAUUGUGACCUUGUAGGAGGAAAUUGCGUCCUCUUUGAUCCAGUUUUUAAAGUGUAUCUGCUGCUGGACCUCUCUUUCAUCACAGCUCUGUGUGAAAUAAAGAAUGGGGAGGACGAGGAGAUGGAUAAGGUCAUUUCAGAUAAGCCUGGGACCCUGGGUCUGUGUGAUAGCGGUGUGGACGAGACCACGAUUCAAAAUGAUUGAGACCAUCCCGUCAAGAAAAAUACAUCGGAGGCCACAGGGUCAAAUCUCUGCUGCUUUUAGGUGUAUAUUUUUUUAAUAUCAUACUCUUGUCCUUCCUCAUGCGGAUGGGAGGCCUCAGGUGCUCACGCAGCAGCAUCGUCAGUGGCCCAUAUCCCUCCAAAUAUAGACACCCCUGUGAUGUCAUUAAGUCCCCUUGGGCCAGAGUCUCCUCUGAGAAUAGAUGCAGCCCAAGUGAGCAAACAUUCACCUUCAGUUUCCUCCGACUGGAGACCUGGACGCCUUAAACUGAGGUUCAAUAGAUUAAACUGUCAUUUAUGUGCUUUUCUUUUUUAGGCUGUGAACAAAUAGUGAAGGGAAAGACAUCAUUAGGACAACCCGAUCAUGCGUCUUUCAAUCUAUGGAAAGGAGACAGCACAACACACAUUGAACUUUCUGAUAGGAUUGGUAAACGACACGGAGGGUAUUUUCAAUAGGACUCUUAGUUUAUUGAAAGAGCUCAAAACUUUUCAUUAGUGGUCAAUGGCUGACAAGGCAACACCAGGAAAAAAAGGACAAGAGCCAGAGACAGAAACAGUGAAAAGUGUUUAAACACACAUAAAGCUGAGUGAAGGGACAUCAAUCAAAUUGAAGAAAACACACGAAGCAAACAACUCAGUAAAGGUACUGGCAGAAUGUGGUAUGAUUUAUGACAGCAGCCGCUUGUUUGUGAGGGGAGCCCUGACAAGUCGAUCACCGAGUGCGGCAGAUCAUCUCCAUGAAGUAACAAUCAUCAUAAGAAUCAUUUUGCGCUGCAGACGCGGUAGUUCUUCUGCCGUAGCGUCUAAGUCUGAUUGCAUUUCCAUGAAGUAAUAAUCAUAAAUGAUCCGCUGCACUCAGUGAUCGACUCGUCAGGGCUCGCCAAACAAGUGGCUGCUGGAGGAGAGUGGGUGAGUUGUGUUUAGUCUCUUUGCCAAAGAAACUAGUCAAAGUUAAAAAGAUGUUUGGUGGCUAGUGCUGUGGCUGGGACCCUAUAUGUACUGUUGAUGAAGUUAGGUGCUGUUCUGAGCAUUAUUUGUGACUACAGAGUGGCGUCUGGGCUGAGAUUUGCCUGUGGAUCCAUAGACCGCUGUAUAUUGCUAUCCUGCACUCGUUAUUAAAGUUGGUAUAAUUAACCCUUUAAUGCCAUUUGUAUCAUAUUUGAUACAUACUUUUAUAUACUUCUAUCAAAUCAGAAGGAUCUACAAAUUACUAAAAAACACCUAAAUACAGUCCGAUUAAUGAUAAAGAUGUCCUGUUGUAGUUUAUUAGUUUCCAAAACAUCUAAUGCAUCAAACAAGAUAAAUAAAUAUAUUUGUUAAAUUUUAAGGACAUUUAGAUUUUUUGGUUUUUAGUAGUAAGUUAAUUAAACAUUUCAGCUCCAAAAAAAUUUGAAUUUACUGGCCAUAGUUUGUGGUGACAGGCAUUAAAGGGCGAGAGAAGCAAGCAGUCGGCAACAUUCAUCUCUCGAGGGGGUGUCUAACUCAGUGUUAUGGUGUGCUUGACCUUAACUUAAAUUUACAACGGAAUAUCCCUUUUAAAGUGUGUGUUCAUAAAAUGAUAUUUUUUUUAGCUGGACACGCAGAAGGAAAAUGUGUUUUUCACAUGUCCAACCUCAAUCAUUAACAGAAGGGAUGUCAGAUCUCUCUCUCUGAUCACCUGCAGAGUGGGUGACAGGCACUGCAGGUUAUUGGACUCAAGCAGAGCUAAUAGAGGUCAGUCAGUUCCCUGAUUGCAGAUGCUGAUCUUAGAUGAGUAUGAAUUAAAAAAAAUAUAUAUAAAAAUGGUUUGUGAAUAUAACUGGGUGGCUUAAAACAAACUCAGGUGGCCCAUUCAUUUGGUCCAUGCACACAAGCCUAAAGACGAUAUUUCACAUGAAAUUCAUAAACUUUUCACUGUAACUAGUACUCCUUAUCCUAAUCACAUUUAUUUAGCUGCAGUUAAAUAAAUAAGCUGUUUUACUCAUUCACUUUUUAUAUGUUUAUGUCUAUAUAUGUGUGUCUAUAUAUAUUUUAUUACAUAUAUUAUAAUAUUAAUAUUAACAACAACAACAACAAUAACAACAAUAAUAAUAAUAAUAAUAAUAAUAAUAAUAAAUGUAAUUAUUAUAUAUUCUCUAUUACAAAACAUUUCUCUUUUCAUGUGCUUAUGGCUGAGCUCUUUUUAGUAUUUUUAAACUCUAUCCAUUGCUCCUGCUUUUAACUGUUUUUUAAUGUUUUUUUUUUUUUUUUUAAUUGUUUUGUUUUUAUGUAAAGCACAUUGAGUUGCAUUUGUAUGAAAUGGGUUAUAUAAAUAAGGAUGCCUUGCCUUGCCUAUUAUUACUAACUUUUUAAUUUAUUUUAUUGACAUAUAUUUUACUUGACAACUCAGAUAUUUAUGGUUCUUUAUCUAAUAAGUCUAUUUAUUUAUUGUAAUUAUUUAUGUAUUUAUUUUUAUCUAUUCAUACAUUAAUUUAUUCACUUAUAUAUUUUCUGUUAUUCACUUUUUCUCUUCCUUUAUCAUCUUUUUAUUUGUCUUUACUUGUGUUUGUCUUUUUUUUACUUUUAACCAUACAAGUCCAUCUGCUGGGGCUGGGUGCCGGAGGGAUGGGGGUGGGGGGGUGGUAUCUUUUCUGGAGGUAUGUUGAAUUUUUCUGUUAUCUGUAAUUAGAACACUAUCGUUUUUUCUAAAACCUAAAAUUUCAAGAAACAGACUGUUAAAAAUAAAUAAAUAAAUAAACUGCAGCUAGUUUGCUCAGAUACAUAUUUCUAGAACUUAUAAAACCUGUUAGAUUUGUAGCUGUUGGACCUCUGCAGUGAUAUUUUCCUUGCCUUGCAGUAUCGACUGGUGUUUUAUUUUGACCUUUGCUAAAAUUGUAGCCUUUAAUGAAUACCACAACAUAAAGAUCACUGCUUCCUCUGAGCUUUGGCAGCUUUAGGAACAGAAAGCAGAGUCGUGUUUUUCAGUCCUGGAGGAAAUGAGCAGAGCGCUUAAUGUGGUGUGUGAUCAGCUGCAGCUCAUGCCUCAUUUAGCACAAACAUCACUCUGCUCUCCUCUGGACGCCGGUGGCAGCUUUCGCCUUGAGUCAGAAUGAAGCGUCAAUAUCAAUCAAACGACCGAGGGAACCUCAUCAUCAUACUUGGACACUUGGAGCUAUUUUUAAUUGCUCAAACAGGGAUCUGAAGAGUCAAUACUAUAGAUCGACAAGUCCACGUUUCAAAGCAUGUUUGUUGAGUUAAUCGUCUUUUUUUCUGUUUCCUUUGGUUUUCAGUCUCAGAAGGAUCCAAUGCUGGUGGAGAAAAUCAUGAAUGACCUGGACUCGAACAAAGACAACGAGGUGGAUUUCAAUGAGUUUGUCGUGUUGGUGGCUGCCCUCACUGUCGCCUGCAACGACUUCUUCCAAGAGCAGAAAAAGAAAACCAAGUAGAUGUCUAAACCGACUGUAAACUAACCCAACUGUUUCAAAACACGACAAAUUCUCAUUACACUUAAAGCAAUAAAUGUCCCACCUGUUAAAUUUUUGGGGUUUUUUUUUUCAUUUGUAGGAAAGUAGAAAGUAUAGAAGCUAAAGAUCGUCCUAACCCUGACUCUAAGUAAAUCUGGUUAAUAGUUAGACCAAUUUUGUGCUGUGUAACUCAUUGUUUUAUGAUUGUACACUUUAAGAGGAAGCAUUUUUCUCUUGUCAGUUUUCAUUUUAGUCUCUGAUUGAAAUGGGGGAGCUGUUUUCCAUGUUGAUUCAAAGCUACAACAAUGGAAAACUGUGAAAGAUCACAGAAAAUGAGCCAUUUGCUUAUUUUUAUGUCAAGAAAAACUUACCAAGUUAAAAGACUGUUUAUAAUUUAGGGUGUCUCAGCCCUAAACACAAAUCUGUUUUGAAAAUGUUGGAAUUUCAGCGUUCCACUCCGGCUAAGGUUUGAAAAACGUGAUGUGAUGUAAAAAGUAAAUGAAG